GUUAGGGAAGGGGGACACAAAUGUCUUCAGGCUUAGGUCCCUGGGGGCUCCCAGUCCUGCCCCUGUUCCUCUACUCACAUCCCAGCUCCUCCCAGUUUCUUUUCGGACCUCCUCCUCUUCCCUCCCUUCUCUAUUCCAGGCUGGGUUGGGCUCUAAGCAAGGGGAGGGAUUAGAGCCUCCUCCCUCUCUGCCCCUCCCCAUGGGUCUCUAGGGGGCUGGUGCGGGCAGCAGCAGAGGCACUCUGGGCAGCUGGGUGAAGGCCCAUCUGGGCAAGGCCCCCAGCGGCUGCCUUCUCUCGCGGGGCCCUGUGGGCAAGGCUCCUGCUUCACUUUCAGGUUUCUCGAAGUGCCUUCUUGCUCCUGUCUGUUUCCCCAUCCUGCCAGAUUUCUGUUUCUCUUGCUGGGCUUUUGGCAGUAGGGGCUGUGUUGGUGGGCCCCAUGAAGAUGCUCAGUGUUCGGGAUCGCCGGGACCGGCCCCCUGAGGAGGGGGUAGUUGCAGAGCUCCAGGGCUUCGCGGUGGACAAGGCCUUCUUCACCUCCCACAAAGGCAUCCUGCUGGAAACCGAGCUGGCCCUGACCCUCAUCAUCUUCAUCUGCUUCACGGCCUCCAUCUCUGCCUACAUGGCCGCGGCGCUGCUGGAGUUCUUCAUCACACUUGCCUUCCUCUUCCUCUAUGCCACCCAGUACUACCAGCACUUCAACCGGCUUAACUGGCCCUGUCUGGACUUCCUGCGCUGUGUCAGUGCCAUCAUCAUCUUCCUGGUGGUCUCCUUUGCAGCUGUGACCUCCCGGGAUGGAGCUGCCAUUGCUGCUUUUGUUUUUGGCAUCAUCCUGGUUUCCGUCUUUGCCUAUGAUGCAUUCAAGAUCUACCGGACUGAGAUGGCACCCGGGGCCAUCCAGGGGGACCAGCAGUGACUCUGGGGCUACCUGGCUUCUAGGCCUAGCCAGCCAGAGGGGACAGUGGAGCCCAGACACGUCUCCUUGGGAUUCACUAACCCCCAGGCCGCCAAACCCCACCCCAGCCUUACGGAGAUGUCCAGCCUGAGACGUCACUGGGAACUUAUCUGUGGAGCCUGGUGCUCCGGGAUCUGGCUCCUGAUGAAGCUCUGGCCAGAGGAGGGGAACUUAUGGGGGAAGGGAGGGUGGUGGGGAGGAAUCUGGGCCCCUAAGUCAUUCCCAAAUUAAAAUAUUCAAAUUCUA